GCCAUGGCGCCGCGCUGGCGCUGCAAGAUGGCGGCCGGGUGGCCGCCGUAGCGCAAUGGGGGUCGCUGCCUUCGGGGCGCUGCUGCUGCUGCUGCUGCUGCCGCCUCCCUGGCCCGGGCAGCUGGCCGGGGACACCGUCUUCCAGCCUUCGUUUAUUCAUAUGUCAGGGCCCAGAGUCAAUUCAUUUUUUCUUGGCAAUUCCUCAGGAGUUACUUUUUCUAUAAUUUUAAGUCCUAGAGAUGCAGAGACAGGAAAAUUGCAACUUGCAAAUUGCAGCGGAAGCAAAAGAGCUGGAGAUUGGAAUUUGGAUGUAACUCCUGGUGUGAACAUUUCCAAGGUGACUGUAAGCCUCACCAGAACUCUGGAGCUGUGUUUGCCCAAUGCCACCGAGUGCUGCCCCUCACCUCUGUGCAUGGUGGAAACACUCCAGGUUUUAGCUUGCCGUGGUUCAGUGAUGCUGGCACAGCUCCUGAUUCAAGCUGAAAUAUUUGCCAACUCUUCCUUUGCAGGAAAUGUGUCAGAAAAUGCAAGUAUCAUCCCAAACCAGGCAUUUAAGCCCUUGGGCUCUUGUCCUUGUAACUUAACAGCUGGAGCUUGUGAUGUUCGUUGUUGCUGUGAUCUGGAAUGUACACCAGACUUGCAGCAGUUAUUCAGUGGAUCAUGUUUCACUGGAGUAUUUGGUGGGGAUGUAAACCCACCUUUUGAUCAGCUGUGCUCUUCCCAGUCAAUGGAAUAUACCCCUGAGUGGUUUCCCUUCCUUUGUGUACAGUCUUCUCUUGACAACACACCAUUUCUUGGCUAUUUUUAUCAUGGCUCUACUUCUACACCCAAAGUUCCUUCAUUUAAGAUCCCUCUACAGACUUCCCCUGGGAAACCUUUCACUGGUUACAGAGAAGGAGAUCCAAUUAUAACAGAAGAAGAUGAGUAUUUUACUGUUCCCCAGCAAUCCAUGGCUGGACAGUGUGUUGGGAAUGCUCCUGUGGCGUAUCUCCACAACUUUGAUGUCAAGUGCUUGACCAAUUUGGAGUCUUACAAGGAAGGCCUGCCCCAUGAUGUGAGGAUAAACACUGGCACUGCAGACUUCAUCCAACAAAAUGUUUUCUAUAGAGCCAUCACUGACAGGGGCAAAUUCAUCACUGAAAGUGAAAACCUUGCUGCUGAGGUUCUGUGUCAAAAUGUAACUUUUGCAGAACAUUAUAAAUUUAUUUGGGAAGACAAGAACAUUGAGCAAGUAAAUGUCACUGUCUUCCUUGGAAGCUUAUGUGAAGGAGAAAUCCUGACACAGAGAUUCACAGUUGAAUUUCUAAGUUUAAGCAGUACUAAUGGAGAGGAACUGUUUGAGAAUCCAGGGUAUCAAGUUGGAAAACCAGUGAGAGCUGCAAAUCUGAAUGCUUCUGAUCCUCUUGGAAGCCUAAACAUUUGGCAGCCAGCUGGCAGAGGUUUAUGUGCAUCAGCAACUUACAGACCAGUUCUGUUUGGAGUAGACUCAUACUCGGGGUGCAUUCUAGAAGUUGAUAUUAAUGAAGAUUGCAGCCUUUUAAGACGAAAUGUGACUGAGAAAUUGAAUGCAUUAAUACAAGCUACUCACAUUGGAAAGAGGGACAAUUCCAGUUACAGUGAUCUAAAUGACUGGGUGGAAAUUAUACGUCUUGAUCCAUUUCCUUCUAAUGUGAGCACCAGAGGCUUAAAAGGCAUUUGUCCAGAUAUUCCUGCAAACCUGAAUAUUCGCAUAAUCUUUGCUAAAGUGGGAGCAGUGCAAGGGAUUCCCCAGCAGCAGAUUCUUGCUGUGCAGAUCAGUUACUCAACAGUCUUAUGGGAGUUCCAGUGCGGGCUUGGCUGCAAAAACACCCUCAGCUUUCUUUCUAUCACAGCUUCUGUUCAGUUCAUUGAAGUCCCAGCUCAGCCACCCCCUCCAGUGACAAGGUAUCAGAAGAUUUAUGCAGAGUUUGACUGCAAUCGAAAUGAGGUGUGCUGGCCACAACUCCUUUAUCCACUGACACGCUUUUACACAGGAGAACCAUAUUCCCAGUGUCUUGCUAAAGGCCUGUUUCUGGCAUUUCUUGUUUUACUUGCAGCAAUUAUGAACAACCCUUGGUUUUCUAAAUUAUGGAACAGAUAGGUAAAAAUUAUGGAGAAACAUUGUUGGAUUUUGUAGACAAUUUAUGUAAACAUUUAAAGACACAUAAAAUCAGUAUUUCUACAGCAUACAGAAAAUGGCUGUUACUAAAAACAAAAACUAAUAAAUUAUUUUUAAGAUCUAGA